AUGGUUCGCCCUCUAGGCCUCAAGUCUGAGAAGUUCAAGUCCUUGGCACACGGUGACAGAAGACGACGUCUAGACGCUCCUCCGCCAUUGCCAUUCGACCUUCGCGACCACAAGAUAUCAAUAAGUAUAUUUGUCUUCCUGGCACUAGCGGAGUGCUGCUUUCUCCCGAUCGGCCUGUACUAUGGUUUGAUCUAUGGAUCGAAUUUGCGAAUGGGUCUCAUUUUUGCAAUCAUAACCAGCUUGUUCGGAUUUGUGAGCGGCUAUGAAUUCGGGUUGCGAUCCUGGCGCAUUAUGCGGUACGGCGACGACUUUCGGCCAUUAUAUGGCAGCCAAUACUUCAGGGGUUUCGAUGCGACCCAAUAUGUGCUGCUUACUCCUUUCACGGUUAUGACCAUCAUCUUGAUCAUCUUCAGCAUUCCACAUAACCCAUCGGUCAAGGCACUGUCAUUGCCGAUGCCUGUUGGUAUGAUUAAUUUGGGCUUAAUGUUUAUCGUUAACGGUGUAGCUGCGCAGCGGCGGUGGAGACUGAUGCAUUUCCGACUCAGCUCCCACGUCAGGAAUACCGUAUGUCCACCACUGACCUUCGUUUUCAUGGAGGAUAUUUGUGCUGUGGAUGGCAGGGGCGGCAAAAAAUAUCGCAAAGCAGCUCUAGCGAGGUACAACGCGUCUCCGCAGUUCCGCACCUUGCUCAUGGAGGUGCUUUGGUUUUGGUCAAUUUCAGCAGUGGUGAUUGGAGCAGCUCUGGCAACAGUCAUAUGGUUCGUCAGCGAUCAUGUCGCAUGGAGCUUAGGUUGGGGUGUGCCUUCGUUGUGGGCUUUGGUCGGGACGUGGCUGACAAUCCUCUGGGUCCAAAGAGGACUCCGUAUUGAGAAGGCGACCUGGACACCAGUACAGGCAAACCAAGUAUAA